GGGUCUGAACCGGGAUAGUUUAUGUUUGUCCAUCAUGUUUCAGCUGUUUUGUAACGCUGGCUGGAGGCGGGUUUAACUCUGCUGCUCUGUUACCGAAGACCCGUUACGACCCGGGUUAAAGUGUCGCUGUCCGGUUAGCACGGUUCCAGUUCAGGGCCAAAACAUGUCCCGGGUUCUGAUAGUCGGAGCGGGUCUGACAGGCAGCUUGUGCGCAUGUCUGCUGAGGAGAGAGCUGCAGAACAAAGUUCAAAUCGUGGUGUGGGACAAAGCGAGAGGCUCAGGUGGCAGGAUGUCCACCACUCGUCCUUCAGACCCCUCAGCUCACUUUGCUGAUCUUGGAGCUCAGUACAUCACCGCCACAGCUGCCUACGCUAAGUCACACCACAGUCUGUACUCAGAGCUGCUGUCUGCUGGAGUCCUGAAGCCUCUCAACGCUCAGAUUGAAGGACUGAAGCACAAAGAUGGCAGCAAGGACUACAUGACACCACUGGGCAUGUCCAGUAUAGUCAAACACUUCCUGUCUGAGUCAGGAGCAGAUCUGUUCUUUGAGUGUCAUGUGACUGGCCUGUACCGCCGUGGUGCAUCAUGGGAGGUCCAGAGGAAGGCAGGAGGCAGCGAGAUGUUUGACGCCGUCGUCCUGACGAUGCCGGUCCCUCAGAUCCUGCAGCUGGAGGGAGACGUGGGACAAAUGCUGUCUGUCCAGCAGAAGCAGCAGUUGGACGGAGUCGUGUACUCGUCUCGUUUCGCCGUCGCCCUCUUCUUCCCUCCGGACACCGUCUUCAGUUUCUCCUGGGCGGCUCGAUAUGUCACCGACAACACCUGCAUCUGCUACAUCGCUGCGGACUCCCGCAAACGCAACGCAGACGCUCCUGGUUGCGGUCCAUCUCUUGUCGUCCACACCAGCGUCCCAUUCGGCAUGGAGCACCUGGAGAAGGACAAGGAGGACGUCCAGCCAAUCAUCUUACAGGAACUUCAGAAGCUACUUCCUGAUCUACCUCAGCCAAUCAGCAUCAAGUGUCAAAAGUGGAGGUACUCGCAGGUGCUGACCUCGGUGCCAGACUGUCCAGGUCACAUGACCGUCCUCGACCGUCCGCUGCUCGUCUGUGCUGGCGACGCCUUCGUCCACUCCAACUUUGACGGCUGCGUGGAGUCUGCACUGAGCACGCUCAGUGUGCUGAAGGCCUCGCUGUGACGCGACAGGAAGUGACUGAGGCUGUGGACGAGUUUCCGAGAUGCCUUCAGAUCAGUGAUCAAUACAGGUCAUCAGUGAACACAUGAACAAUUUAUGAAGUGAUUAAUUUUAUUUACAUAUUAAUGUUUCAUUUAUUUUAUUGAAUGCACAUUAAUCAACAGUUCAGCUGAUUUAUUGAUCUGAUGUUUCAUUGAUUGUUUUUCACUGAUUAAAUUAACAAAUGUGAGUUUAA